AUGGUGGCUUUGUCUAGACAGGCUAAAGGUGAGGAUAGUGACGCAGGAUAUGAGGGCCUGGGAAGAGGUAUGGUGUGGAGGGUUGGGGAGACACAAAAGUCAACAGGAGAAAAAUAUUCUGGAGUGUCUGUGGCCUCAGCCCCUCAUCCUUCCCAUUUCCAGGUAAAGGAGCCAGCCUGCUGCCAGCCCAAGCUGUGGCCUAGGCCAGUCAUGAGGUGUUGGUGGCAGAUUUUUGUCCUCUGGGUCUUCUGGGUGCUCAUCCUAUGGCUGGUGGCCCCCUGCCUAGAUCUAACACCUGAACCAGAACCCCAGGAAGAACUGAUGUACCUGGUAACAUGGCAUUGCUCUUGUCCUUGGUUCAAAUUCAGGAAAUAUGGCUGCUCUUCUGGGACCCUCAACUGCUCCUCUUGCCACCACACAGCUGGAGAGUCAAAUUGGUUUAAUGCAUGCUACAAGAGGACUGUGGAGUUCCUGAGGGGGACAAAAGAGUCCAUGACCCCUGAUGCAAAGCUCUGGUGGUUGGGCCUGAACUCAGAGAGCAAGCUUACAAAAAUGUGGAAGAAGCUGCUUACAGUGAUUCCCACACCCUCAGGGAGUCAUUUUGAUCUGUACUGCAGGACUUGUGUGGUGAUGGGGAGCUCGCAGAUCUUGUGGGGCUCCGGCCACAGCAUCAACCAACAUACCAAGGUCUUCAGGAAUGCUGGUGACCAGAGUGCCCGGAGCUGGCUGGUGCUGCUGUUGCUGAAGCUGUCUGAUCUGGCAUGGACUUCAGACAUCCUGAGUGAGGAAGUGGUGGUCUGGGAAUUCAGAAAUUGUUGGUAUGGGGGUGAGGGGAGUUCAUCCCAGGGAAAGACAGUGAGAGCUCCAGGGAGACCUUCUGCUGGCUUACUGGGGGCACCUCCAGGAUUUUCCCAGGCCUUGGGGGCUGCUGAAACUUUUCCAUCUCCCAUUUUUUUCUUAGAUUUAAGAAGAUUCCAGUUCCCUAGUGGAGUGGAAGACCACAAAAGCAAGAGACUUCAGGGUAAGCCAGAGAUGGAGUUAAAUACGAAGCAGCAGCAGCAGCAGCAGCAGACUACAGUGUCUCCUUGCCGGACCUGCUCAGUGGUGGGGAACUCAUUGUUUCUACGAGGCUCUGGCUUAGGCUUCAGGAUUAACCAACAUGAUGUGGUGCUCAGGAUAAGCCAGGCCUCUGUCCAGGGUUUUGAGAUGGAUGUGGGGAACACAACAACCAUGUGCAUUAUGUACCCCGAGGAUGUCAGCAUUCAAGAUCCUGGCACCCAACUUCUGGUGCUUCCAAUGAAUUCAUCUGGCCUGCAGUGGUUCAUGAAUACACUGGAUGACGAGAACGUCACCUGGAAGCCAAAACAUCCAGGAUUUCAGACAGUCCAGUUCCCUGGUGGAAACAAAAAGAGCAAAGACAAGGUCUUGGUGAUCAGCUUCACCUUCCUCAAGUACAUCCAAGAAAAUUGGCUGAAAAAACAGAGUCAGUAUCCAUCCUUGGGGUUCGUGGCUCUGUUCUAUGCCUUGCAUACCUGUGACCAGACUUCCCCAUCCCCCUUCCUGACAAUGUCAGCUGGCCUGGGACUCCCAGGUUAG